CCUAAUCUGAAGGGGUAUUACCGCGUCGAUGUGCGUCUAGGAAGAGUACCUACUCAUACCGGUACACUGCGUGGGAAGCGCAUGUUCAACCGCAUGUAUCGAGCCCUCAAAGACUGCGGGAUUGCUCACCACAAUCCAUCCAUCCCAGGCUUCUGCAAUAAAGACCGCCCUGAAUGUCCCGAGCAUUGCGACAUCCCGAACGUAGUAUACGACAAAGGGGGCCUCAAUUAUGGUUCAGACUCGAGCCUCAAGCUCGUAGUCAAAUUCUCCUGGUUUGAUAUCACGCAUCACCAGCAGAUUCGAGACUUGGGAUUCCGGAUAGUCGCGAGGAUAUACGAACUGAUGACGCUUCAGAGUAGCAACUGCCGCUAUACGAACUUUCCAAACUCCAGGUCAACCCUGAUGUGUAGUGUUGCAAGCAAGGUGGAGCUCGCGUUUCCCAUCAACGGAGGUCUCAUACAGGGCGUCCUAAACGUGGAGCUCAUCUGGAGCAAGCACACUAAAGAGGGCAGCUAUACUUGCGAAGGCGACACAGAGGGCAACGUCGAUGCCAUGAUGUGGACCGACUAUCGCAGUCGCAUCUCCAACGCCAUGAGCUGGCCCGAGAAGCAGAUUCUCCCAUUCGUCUACUGCACAGAUCCCGAUUGUUUCAACCAGAACCUCAAGUUGGAUGAACCGUGGCACGAGAAUAAGGGCUGUGUUCCGCUUGACUGGCCAUUAGGAUGUGACCCCAGCCUUACAGGUCCAUCCAAUCCCAAGCUCAAUUGUCCGCCC